CCUUUCUCUCAAAAUAAUUGUUUUUUUUUUGUAUAUUGCAAAAACUUCUCUCUUAUUUACAGAUCAUUUGUUUCUUUUGUUUUAAACUUCUAGGAUCCCAUUUGAAGAUAUUUUUCAAAAAAGCGGGAGUUCAUCAUUUUAUUGAAAAUGGAUGGGGAAGAGAGGACCUAUGGUGGCUGUGAAGGCCCUGAUGCUAUGUAUGUAAAGUUAAUCUCCUCUGAUGGCCAUGAAUUUAUUGUAAAGCGAGAACAUGCAUUGACCUCUGGCACUAUUAAAGCUAUGUUAAGUGGCCCAGGACAGUUUGCUGAAAAUGAAACAAAUGAAGUAAAUUUUCGUGAGAUACCAUCCCAUGUGCUAUCAAAAGUAUGCAUGUAUUUUACCUACAAGGUCCGCUACACCAACAGUUCUACAGAGAUUCCUGAAUUUCCAAUUGCACCAGAGAUAGCACUGGAACUGCUGAUGGCUGCAAACUUCUUAGAUUGUUAGAAAAUAAAAAUGUAACUUAUAACCCAAAAUAAGAUGUUAAGCUUCUGUAUUUAACUACUUGCACAAUCAAUAAGUGACUUUAAAAUGGUGUUGCAAAUAUGUGUGAUAACUCGCACCAAAAUCUUUUCUUUUCUCCAAGAUGUGUUUCUUUCUUCAAAGGUUAAGUAAAAAAUAAUGGGAUCCUUGGCUUCUUGUAUAUUACACAAAUCAGACAUUUUCUUCCCUCCCAUUAUGUUCUAUAUUGGUGUGCAGAUGGUCUCCAGCUGUUAACUUUGCUCAAAGUUUCACAGGAAAUUAAUAGUUGUUGUCCUAUGUAUCUAUACUGUACUGUUACUGUGCUGAUACAGUUCCCAGCUGAAUUUCCAUCCGCUACCCCUAUAGAAUUGUACAGUAAUAAAAUGUCUUUAAAAUACUGUAGCCAUAUUGUAUUAGUAUGUAACUGCAUUUGCUCUAAACCACAUCAUGGAGCUUCUGUCAAAACAUGAAAUUUCAUUUUUCUAGUAGUUUAUGAAUAAUUCUUGAGUUUCUUUCGACUCCUUUAUUCCUACUUGAAGUUGCUAUUAUCCAAACCAUUCUUAAAUUCGAGUUCCGCUGUAAAUGUUUCGUAAUAACAUUGCCUCCAGGUUUGUUUAAAGUUAAAGGAGAUUGCGACUACAGGUAGGUAUAGUUUAUUGAAUACCUUCCUGGUUUUGUUCUUUUAAAAAUAGGCUUAAUUCGCACAACUAAUUCAAACAGCAAAAUGUAAACCUGAUAGGAGCCAAUCGGAUCCCUUUGAAUAUUUAUCUAUUACUUCAAUUUCUUCAGAAAAUCUGUUUAUUUUCGGAUUCUGAAAUUUAUGCACCAGUGGUCAACUUUCAUGUUUGGAUUGAAAUAUAUCAGUACGAGAGAAUGGAACUGAUCUGCAUUUUUUCAGUAACUGUGAAAAGAAAUUCAGUUUAACUAUAAGUCGACAUAAUUAACAAUAAUUCUCCCAUUGUUACUCUAAACUCUGAACAUAAUUUAUUGCAUGGUUGUUAAAUUUCUAAUUCUUUUACAUGCUUUUUAAAAAACAUUUGUUUGAGCAAAAUUAGUGCCAAACUAGGAGCUCAUGUACAAGGAGUACACCAAAAGUUUUAUUGGUGCUGUCCAAAAUUCGCUUCAUGUUGAAUGCUUCCAGUAAAGAGAAAGUAGUCAUUCUGUUAUUUUUAGUGUGAUUCAAACCCAAAUGUAGUUUCUAUUAGGUUGAUUGCUAAUUCACCCAAACAUUGUUUAUGUGCAGAAUUUACACUAGAAUCAUAUCACAAGAUUGUAGAACCACUAAGUGGAUCAAGGAUCCUGCAUGCAAUAUGUGCUUGUUUACAGGCUGUUUAUACAGUAGCAGUGGCAAAGAUUUGGUAACAAUUGAACUGGCAAUGAAACAGGAUAUGAAAGAAUAAAUGUCAAAAUAUUUUAAGAGGUUUGAUUGACUUUGAGCAGACAAAGAAAAUUCAUUGUUUCAAUACUGAGAUGUUCAAUACCUAGUAUGUGGUCAUGAAUGGUCUACUCUGAUUUAACCUAAUGUAAUCUCCCAUAUCCUUACCAAAAACUUUGCAUUGCACUUUUUACUUUUAUAUUUUUAUACCAAAAUAUAUUAUUCUGGCUGAAUAUUGAAAUUCAUACGUGGAUAGACCAAAGCUACAGAGGUAGCUGUCAUUGUCCCACCUUCUCCACUGCAUUCUCCCACCACCCAGCAAGCAAUCGGAUAUGUGAAAAACAUUUUUAAUAGCCAAAAUGAUUAUUGAAUUUCCGGGUCUCAUGUCUGACAAAUUUGAAUGUGGAUGGCUGUAUGUUCACGGAUGAGCUGAUACAUUUGGGCUCAUAUCUCAUUGGCAAAUUUUAAAACUGCUAGUUUUGAAGUUCCAACUUCUGCAGUGCUGUCCAAUAAAGUAGUUAGUCCUGUUAAAAUCAUCAUGUGUCAUAGUAUUCCCUCCAUACUAAACUGUAUAAAAGACUGUUGAUCCUAUUUGAACACUGUUCUGCAGUUCUGCAAUUGGAUAAUAAAUACUGGGAAUUUUAAUUCAAGAGCUGUUUUGCUGAAAAGG